AUGGGUUGCUCAGACUCGAAAAGUGCAGAUGCGUUACAACCAGCCAGUGAUGAGUUGGAUAACAUGAAGGCGCGACUCACACAACGCCUACUUAAUCGCGACGCAACUAAAACACAUAGUAAAAAUGCCUUUGCCGCUGUUUUGAACAAAUAUCCGGAUGCGAAGAAAGUCUUUCGCGUCCCUGAAACUACCAGUGCCGAUACACAACUUGUCGAUACCAAAGAAGUGAAAGCAGCUAGUGAUAAGAUUUUGAGCCACUAUAUGGAUCUAGCGAAGACGGCGGACAGUAAUCUUGACGAUGCUAUUCAAAAGAAAGCUGAAGAACUCAAGAAGCAAGGCGUCAAAGCCGAACAUGUUAAGUGUUAUGGAGAAGCUCUUGCGCAAAAUGCCGUCAAAGAUACGGACAAUAAGCUGACUGCUGAAGAAGAGAAAGCCUGGAAGAAUUCGGUCAAUAACAUAACAGCCAAACUUACUGCUGCUAUGAACAAACUACCCUAA